AUGUUACAAACGAGUCUCGCAUCGGAUUAUUGCGCAAAGUUUGGCCGACAUUUACUGCAACAUCAGUGCGAACUCACGCCGGAGGCCAUCGAAGGGCCGUAUUAUCUGCCACUGGAUUUGGUCCGCAAAGACAUCCGCGAAGACCGACAGGGAGUGCCGCUGACACUGAAGAUACUGUUGACAAACGCCCGGACGUGUGAGCCGUUGGUGAACGUGUCGUUUGAUAUCUGGCACUGCGAUGCUCUCGGAGUUUACUCCAGUUAUGUAAACGCCAUACCAAACAGCGACUAUCACGAGCCGCGCACCGACAACACCACUUUCCUCCGCGGCCGACAAUAUACCAAUCAAAACGGCAUCAUUCGCUUCAAAACCAUAUACCCGGGUUGGUACGGCGGUCGGGCCACGCAUAUACAUAUGCAAAGCCAUUACGGCGACCGCACUAUACAUACGGGACAGUUGUAUUUUCACGACACAAUCAACAAUAUAAUGGCCAGACUUUUGCCGUAUAAUAUGUCGGAUAUGCCGAGAAUGAAGAAUGAAGAGGACUCGGAGUUUAUGGAGAACAAAGGGGCCGACACUAUCAUCAACUAUAUUAAACCCGUUGAUAUAAAGCGGAUCCAUAAGGGCCUGAAGGGUACGAUUCAUAUCGGAUUAAAUCCAAAAGCAAAGUCCACGUUUGCAUACUAUGGCCGCACUUCUAAAUAG